AUGCCUCCCGCAUCCCAGAACACCAUUUUCAUCACAUACAACAGCCCGACCGACUUGAAGAGCAGGCAGAAUCGCCGUGCCGUCUCGUCGUUUGCCUCGAAAAGCUACCGGCCAACCUCAAAGCGCAUUGUUCUGGAUCGGACGCACUACCGUCCGUUUGUGCGGCGACCCGAGGGAGGGACACCGCCGCCUACCGCUCCUACCACGAAAAAGAAGAAACCGCCCACCAGGAACCAAGGGUUAACUUCGACAAGUCCGGGAGAAGUCACCUCUCCUCGAGAACCUCAGUUGCGGAAUGAUUGCGUGCUGGGGAGCCCGAUGGCUGACCCCUUCACCACCUACCCCAUCAGCCACGCAUCUUAUGUGCCCUUUUUGGUGGAUUAUUUCAUCCGAUAUCUCACUCCGCGGUUCAGUCCUGCGCUGGCGGUCGAAACCAGCCGUUAUAUCAUUUGGUUCAAUGUGGCGAUGCAGAACUCUGAGAUGUUUCACGCUCUGAUCGCCUUGAGUCAGGUGUACUACAACAUCGAUGUCAAGGGGUUCGGCACCACCCACUGGACGGCAUUGUAUCACCGAGGUGAAGCAUUGAAGCAGCUCAGGUACAAAGUUGAAACGGCCCGGAACGCAGACGACGAUGCUGCCAUCUUGACCGCCUUGUGGCUGAUGGAUGUCGAUGCGGCACAUGGCGACCUACAUGCUUAUGCAAUGCACAAACGGGCCAAAGAGAGAAUGGUGUCGACAAGAGGGGGUAUACGCAAGCUCAGCACCGAGUUACAGGACGAGCUGUUAAAGAGCGAAUUCUUCUUACCGCUUCUCCUGCAUGGCAGAUUCGUGUGCGAACUGACCGACGACGAUGAUGUCUUGGUCAGAUUCAAAGAAGACCGUCCCAUCCAGCCGACCCAAAUGGGAGCAUGCCAGGGGCUCUUCACGAUAUUGGCCAGCAAAAGUCUGAUCACAUUCCAUGCACUCCAUAUACUCCAGCGGGUCUUCAGGCAACUUUCGAGGGAGCCACAAUGCUUUCGCGGUGGCAGUCAAGGUGAAGGGGGCGGGAAGGACGAGGAUAAAGGCUUGCAAUCCCUCGAUCAGGACUAUAACGAAAUCAGUCGCGUCCUUUGCGUUACGGAAGAAUCGAGACCACAGUCACUACACCAUAGAGUCUUGCUCGCGUUACUGAUCUAUAUCUUCAACUUCCACAACCAACCACACCUACUCCGUCCAGCGAAGAGGCAAUCUUCAACACCAGCCUCGUCGUCUACGUCUCCGCCCACAGAUACAACGACCGAGACUCACCAUCCAUAUCAAGAGAUCUUAUCAAACGUGGCGCUGGAACUGUCGCAGCCCAGCAACCCAGACGAUCCAACAUCCGUCACCGAGCGCGAGGUGACGCUGUGGACCAUGGUGGCGAUUGGAUCCGCCUCGAGUUUCAGUCCGUGGCGACUCGAGAUCCCGUUCAUGGGACACCUGAUCGAAUGGAUGGCCAAAGACAGAGAUGAUGGGGAGGACGAAAUGCCUACCCACAGUGACGGUAAUACGGGCAUAUAUGCUGGGGGGAAGACAAGAAGUCGACAUAGUGGAAGUGGAAUAGGAUGUGAAGCCCAGAAGAUGUCCACAUCACAGCCUAGGGAAUGUCCCAGAGACAAGAAUCUGGAGAAACUCACUUCGUGUCUGAGAGGAUAUUACCUCUACGGCGCGGAUAAAAAGACUCUGCGGAGUCUCCAGCAAUGGAGGGGCUCUGAGCCGUCACCAACACACGAUCCUCGGUCAUGA